CUUCCCUUUUCCAGGAUCAAGACAUUCCCUGGAAGAUGUUGGACGAGCGACAGACAGGCUGACUCAAUAACUUUUUGAAUGUGCUUUGCGGGAUCCCGGACGAGAAUGAAAACAAUUCAAUUAUAGCGAAAAAAAUUGUUGCUAUUUCGAGACAUACAAAUAUAUCACCACCUCCUGCUCGGGAUUGGAAAUGGAUCUCACAAGAUAUGGCAUCGACAAUGGGUGUAGCUGAAAUCGCCUAGAAACUCGAUAACGAUAUUUGCUCGGAUUUUUGCAAGGUCCCUUUCUACUCCUGGGUGAGAUGUAUACUUGGCUACUAAGAUGCAAUUGUUUCAACGUUCCUCGACGGAUUAUCUAGCUCUAGAAAUAACCUUGCUCAACACCUUCGAGAGCCUAAUUAGCUGAAGGAUAAAUGCAAAUCACUAUGCGAGGUAAGUCUCUACUACUUUAGAGGAAAAGCAUAUCACUAAAGUCAGUUGUAGGUACAAGAACUUUAACAUCCUUUAGCGCGUUGGAUGAUCUCUGCCAGCUUAUGUUACUACGAAACUUUGCCCUAUCCUGGGGACGCACUCUGUCUCUUAUUCGAUCUAAUCUGGUAAGUCUUCACGACUCAAGACCGCAAUCUCAUCCCAACGCUGAAGCUACUGGCAAUGCUAGCUGAAAGGUUCAAACAAACUAUCUUCGUAGCAACUGAUAUAGAUUGGGACUGCCCACUUUCAAUCGACUUCUCUUUUUUGGACUCCCUUGCUAAGCCCGAGGAUUUUGCGGAGUCAAAUACCGGCUCUGUUGCUAAGAUAUUUCGACAGAUCUCCCUUGAGGACAUUCUCAAUCCUGAGAGCGAACGUCUCAGGACUCUAGGUAGAGGGUGGUCGACUCUAUGUGAUAAUGUAGCAGCAUGUGUCGUGGCCGAUAGCAGCUUGCUGCCUCGUGUGAUGAGGCUUGCGGAGGCAUGCUGCCUCUCGCAAUAG